UCUCUCUUCAUCUUCCUCCCUCAUGCUCCCCUUCUUCUUCUCGAUCCAUCUCUCUCUCUCUCUCUCUCUCUCUCUCUCUCUCUCUUUUUUCCUUCUCUCUGUUCCCUAGUCCAUCGAUUUAUAUAACCCGCUUUCAGAUUCUUCUUCUUCUUUGACUUUUUUUUGACACCCGUAGUCUCCUUUCCCCUUCCAUCGAUUUAGGGUUUCCGAUUUCCUCUUUUUUUUUUUUUUUAUUGGUUUCCUUCUCCUUCUGCAAUUUCCCCGUAAUCUACUCGCUCUUCUUCCCUGGUUAGGUUUCGAUUUCAUCUUCACCGAGGAGAGGCGUCUGAUCCGAUCUCCAUCGAAUUAUAGCGUGUGAAGCGAGAUGUAUUCGUGCUGCUCUUUGGCUUGGAUCGCCUAGGAUUUGUCAAUCGUGGUAUGAUGGUGGGUACUCAAAGUUUAGGUGGUUCGUUGCCGCCUCUUAAUUCUCCUAAAAGCUAUGGAAUUACGAAACCGCUCUCGCUUGCUGGGCCUUCCUCUACGGAUAUCAAGCGUAAUGUCGAGCUGGAGAAGUACUUGGUUGACGAGGGACUCUAUGAGAGCGAGGAGGAUACCAUGCGUAGAGAGGAAGUUCUGGCGCGCAUUGAUCAGAUUGUAAAGCACUGGGUGAAACAGUUAACGCAGCAAAGAGGAUAUACAGACCAGAUGGUAGAGGAUGCAAAUGCUGUUAUUUUCACCUUUGGAUCCUACCGGCUUGGCGUACAUGGGCCCGGGGCUGACAUUGAUACUCUGUGCGUUGGGCCAUCUUAUGUUAAUCGGGAGGAGGAUUUCUUCAUCAUCUUGCAUGACAUAUUGGCUGAGAUGGAAGAAGUGACUGAGCUUCAUCCUGUUCCUGACGCCCACGUUCCAGUCAUGAAAUUUAAGUUUCAAGGAAUACCGAUUGAUCUACUCUAUGCUAGCAUAUCACUUUUAGUUGUGCCACAGGAUCUGGAUAUCUCCAGCUCGACUGUGCUGUGUGAUGUUGAUGAGCCAACCGUUCGAAGUCUUAAUGGUUGUAGAGUUGCUGAUCAGAUUCUUAAACUCGUUCCAAAUUUUGAGCACUUCCGGACAACAUUAAGAUGCCUGAAGUACUGGGCUAAAAAGCGUGGCGUAUAUUCAAAUGUGACUGGAUUUCUUGGCGGUGUAAACUGGGCACUUUUGGUUGCUCGUGUGUGCCAGCUCUAUCCAAAUGCAAUUCCUAGUAUGCUAGUUUCUCGUUUUUUCAGAGUAUAUACUCAAUGGCGGUGGCCGAACCCAGUCAUGCUUUGUGCAAUAGAAGAGGAUGAGCUUGGAUUUCCUGUCUGGGACCCUCGAAAAAAUCAUCGAGACCGCUAUCACCUUAUGCCAAUAAUAACUCCAGCUUACCCAUGCAUGAAUUCUAGUUACAAUGUCUCUCAGAGCACUCUUCGCGUUAUGACAGAGCAGUUCCAGUUUGGUAACUCAAUCUUGCAGGAGAUCGAAUUAAAUAAACAGCAUUGGAGCUCUCUAUUUGAACAAUAUAUGUUUUUCGAGGCAUAUAAAAACUACCUUCAGGUUGAUAUAGUGGCUGCAGAGGCAGAAGAUUUGUUGGCUUGGAAGGGUUGGGUGGAAUCGCGGUUCAGACAGCUGACCUUAAAGAUAGAAAGAGACACUAAUGGGAUGUUAAUGUGUCAUCCCCAACCAAAUGAGUAUGUAGACACGGCUAGGCAGUUUCUGCAUUGUGCCUUUUUCAUGGGUUUGCAGAGGGCAGAGGGAGUUGGUGGUCAAGAAUGUCAACAGUUUGAUAUACGUGGUACGGUCGAUGAGUUCAGACAAGAAGUAAACAUGUAUGUGUUCUGGAAACCUGGGAUGGAUGUGUUCGUUUCUCAUGUUCGUAGACGACAGCUUCCACCUUUUGUUUUCCCAAAUGGAUAUCGAAGGCCUCGGCAGUCCAGGCACCAAAAUCAACAGGGUGGAAAAUCUGGUGAAGAUGGCACCGUUUCUCAUACCGGCUCUGUGGUAGAGAGGAAUGCUAAGAGAAAGAAUGAUAAUGAAAUGAUGGAUACGAGGCCAGAGAAACCUGAGAAGCGUGCAUCGCUUAGUCCACAGAGUCUAGACAUAGUCUCACCUGAAAGUAGUGCUAUCACUACUGGUUGUACUCCUCCUAUUUGCAACCUUAGAAGGCCCCCUGGUGAGGAAAUAGAGGCUGAAAAUUUGAACACUGAGAGUACUGAACUAACUAACUUUGCCCGAAAUGAGUGCAUCUCUGGCAGCGGGCAAGUUUUGGAACUACAUAGUGCGGCUCUAGUUCAAGAAUGCUCUGAUCCAGCUGAGCCUUUGGGAAAGUGCGUGACACCUGACUCUAGUGAUAUGGUAGCACUUGGAAGCGUACAGGAAGAAAAUUUAGAUAGUGAGUUGAAGUCUGUAUCAAUCAGUGGUACCAACUCUCAACUUCUUCCAAGUCUUCUUGAUAGGAAGAGAGGUGUAGCCGAUGAAGUUGAGAGAGAAUCAAAGAUAUUUAGUGGGACGAGUACAACUGGACAAAUUGCUGAUAGUGUUCAGCAGAGCAGAUCCUGCGGGCAGAACCAUGAUUAUGAGGGUUUCGGGUUUCCUGCUGCGAAUUCAGAUCCUUUUGUUGGAAAGGAUAGUCUGUACCCUCAAAGUGGCAUGUCAGAAGACCUUCAGGUCCUGCACUGCAAAGCAACUCCGUCAAACUCUUUGGUCAGCGGGAUGGAGAAGCCAGAAGACAGAGCUAGGUCAGAAUCUCUGCAGAAGUCACAGAUAAGGUUAAGCUUAAAGUCCACUGUGUGAACGUCCUCUAGGCUAUUGACGUGAUAACCAGACUCAUCAAGAAACGGGAAUAUAAACUCAAGUUGUAGCGGUGGACAGACGACAGUCAGAAACCUAUUGGUAAGUGAAUUUAAUAUGAAAUAAGAAAAAGAAAAAAAAGAACAAAAAAAGUUUAAAAGAAAUAUGAAAAAAAAGCAAAAAAAAAAAGAAAAGAUAUUAGUAAAAAAGAAAUCAAGAGAGAAGAGAAGGUACAAGCAGAAGGAUGGUUUUUGGUUUGGUCGUGGUAUUUUGAGUGAGAGCUUGGACGGCCAAUAUGCGUCAUGAGGUGGGAUCAUCACUCAACUAGAAGUAAGGAAGUGACUUAUAUAAUGUGGGGAUGGGGAAAUUUUUUCUCUUUUUUUUUUCUCUCUUAAUUGUACUCGGCUGCUUCAGACUCUGGUCCUCUUGAGGACUUUGACUUGAAUCGUUGUGUUUUCUAUUUUAUUUUGUGGUUUAUGUAUAUAAGAUCUAUGCCUCCGUGUCUCUCUUUUUGAAGUUCUGCUGUCAAUUAAGUGAGUAAUUUACA